AUGGACUGGAACACCCUCCGCAACUUCCUCAGCGGGGUCAACAAGUACUCGACGGGGUUCGGCCGCAUCUGGCUCUCGGUGGUCUUUGUCUUCCGGGUGCUGGUGUUCGUCGUGGCGGCGGAGCGAGUGUGGUCCGACGACCAGAAGGACUUUGACUGCAACACCCUGCAGCCGGGCUGCGCCAACGCCUGCUACGACUACUACUUCCCCAUCUCGCACAUCCGCCUGUGGGCGCUGCAGCUCAUCUUUGUCACGUGUCCCUCCUUCAUGGUGGUGUUGCACGUGGCGUACCGCGAGGAACGAGAGCGCAGGUACCGCGCCAAGCACGGCGAGGGUGCCAAGCUCUAUGACAACACAGGCCAGAAGCAUGGUGGCUUGUGGUGGACCUACCUGCUGAGCCUGUUCUUCAAGACGGGCAUGGAGAUUGGCUUCCUCUACCUGCUGCACCUCAUCUACCACAACUUCUACCUGCCCCGCUUGGUCGUAUGCGACGUGGCUCCCUGCCCCCCGCAGGUACACUGCUACAUCGGGCACCCCACGGAGAAGACCGUCUUCACGUACUUCAUGGUGGGCGCCUCGGCCGUGUGCAUCGUCAUCAACGUGUGCGAGAUUUUCUACCUGCUCUCCAUGCGCAUCCUGCGACUGACCCACAGGGGAAGCCGAAGCAUCUCUAGCAGCCGCUGCAAGAACGAAGACUGCAAGGCGUGCAACCUGUCCGAGGACAACUUAGACAUGAAGCCCAUCUCCCAGGAUGAGAAGAAGAGAAGCUCCGCCCCCAACCUGUCCUUCAUCUCCUAA